AUGACAGAAUCAAAGCUAGUGUGGAAUCCAGACAAUGUCCGAGAUGUCGCAGAGUCGGUCGGCAUCUCAUCGCUGAACGAAGAAGCCGUCCGAUCUUUAUCCCAAGAGGUCGAAUACCGAGUUGGACAAGUUAUUGUGGAGGCAAUGCGGUUCAUGCACCAGGGAAAGAGGACAAUUCUAGGCACACAAGAUAUUUCGCAGGCGUUAAGGGUGCUGGAUGUUGAGCCUCUUUACGGUUAUGAGUCUACUAGGCCUUUGCGAUUUGGGGAGGCAUCUUUGGGGCCUGGACAACCACUUUUCUAUAUCGAGGAUGAAGAGGUCGACUUUGAGAAGCUUAUCAAUGCGCCCUUACCCAAGGUCCCGCGAGACAUGUCGCUGACUGCGCAUUGGCUUUCUAUUGAAGGCGUCCAGCCCUCUAUACCCCAGAACCCUACCACGGCCGAAGCAAGAGCAACAGAAUUAGUACCGAAGGGACCUGGAGCAAACCCUAGUCUUGCAGCAUUGGCAGGCAAUGACAAUGUCUCGUUCAAGCCUCUGGUCAAGCAUGUCGUUUCCAAGGAGCUCAUAUUAUUCUUCGACAAGAUUCGAUCAGCUAUCCUAGACGACGAUCCGGAUCCAGAGACCAUCGUACUUCGGGAAUCAGCCUUUGAAAGUGUUCGACAGGACCCUGGUCUACAUCAAUUAGUACCGUAUUUCAUUAACUUCGCCGCCGAAAAGGUCACACAUUCGCUGGAUAAUACCUUCGUACUCCGCCAAAUGAUGGAGCUAACCGCCGCCCUUAUCUCCAACAAGUCCCUCUUCAUCGAUCCCUAUGUUGCCUCACUUGUCCCGCCAGUUCUUACUUGCCUUCUAGGCCAUAAACUCGGUCCGGAAACACCAGAGGAUCUUAAAACUCAAUUCCAACUCCGCGACUUAGCAGCCUCCCUCAUCGGCCAAAUAUCCCGCAAAUAUGCCGAAUCCAGCCAUCAACUUCGCCCACGUCUCGCCCGUACGUGCCUCAAAUACUUUCUCGACCCUUCGCGCUCUCCGGGUGAGCACUAUGGCGCCAUUAAUGGCCUCAGUGCUCUCGGCGGCCCAGCCGUCGUGCGCUCUGUUCUACUCCCUAACAUCAAGCCCUUCGAAUAUAUCAUCACGAAGUCGAUUAACGAGCGCGGCCAGAAUGAUGAGAGUGUACGUAUGGUGAUAGCAGCGAUAAUGAAGGCCGUUACUAGCAUUACGGAUACGAAUCUAACUAUUACGAACGGGGUAAAUGGUGCGACGGACGACGAUGGACCAAUGAUUGAGGAGUUUCUAGGAAGUGUGAUUGGGAGCAGGGUUGUUGCACUGGGAGAUCGAAAUUUGAAUAAGGCGAUUCUCGAGUCGAGAGACAAGGAGGCGCUGAAAUAA